AGAAGAUCAAGCGAUACAAAAGCCAUCAACGCCUUCCUCCUCCUCCCCUUCUUCUCCGAUGGAGCCUCCUCCUCGGCCGCUUCAAAACCCCUCGCCCAUCAUCAUCCACCGCCACGCGGCCCCAUCGCAGUCCUCCCUUUCCUCGACGCGGCAUCGGACGCCGCGGCUCUGAGGUGGCUCUUCUCCCUCUGACGGUCUGACCCUCUCCCUCUCCCCCUCCCCGCGGCCAGCUGCGAUUCGUUCCGUGCCGUGCCGUAGGCGGGAGGCGGGGGGAAGUCUUGGUGGCGCGGGGGUGCCUGUUCUGGCGCAGAUGUGAAGGCGGUGGAAUGCAGAGGUCGAGGAGAGCGCUUCUGAAGAGGAAGGCGGCGGCGGCGGCGGCGCAGGAGCAGGGCGCGGGCGUGGCUUCCACGGCCGCCGGGAGGAGGAGGCGGCUCUUCUCCGUCUCGCUCGUCGUCGCCUGCUGGGUCGUCCUGCUCCUGCUCAACCCCCUCGUCGGCCACGGGGACGGUCAACGAGAUGGAGGAAGCUCUACUCUCUCUGCUGAGACUACCUUGAGCGAAGGCUCUGUUAGUUCAGAUAUACAGCGGGAGGAUGAGGAAAACCAUGUAUUGUUAGGUGAUAGCUGUGGUAAACUUGAUGAAAAUCAUGUGCUUUCAGAAGAGACGCUGCUGCAGGAAGAUCAACUGUGCUCCGGUGAUGAUGCACAGAGUGACGACAUGGAUGCUCUGACCAAGGAUAUUCACCUUGAUCAGGGUGAGAGUCUUCCUCGCGCAGAGGAUGAUGCUGUAGUUCAUCCAGGGGCCGAGGUGGAGGGUGAAGAUGCUCCAAAACCUGCAAGAUUAUCACGAGUUGUACCUCCUGGUCUUGAUGAAUUCAAGACUCGAGCAAUUGCGGAAAGAGGAAAGGGUGUCUCUAGUGGUCAAACUGGAAAUGUGAUCCACAGAAGGGAGCCUAAUGGGAAGCUGUACAAUUACGCCUCAGCAGCUAAAGGGGCUAAGAUUCUGGAAUUCAACAAGGAGGCCAAGGGUGCUUCCAACAUCCUAGAUAAGGAUAAAGACAAGUACCUCCGCAAUCCUUGCUCGGCAGAGGGGAAGUUUGUCAUUAUAGAGCUCUCUGAAGAAACCUUGGUAGAUACAAUCGCAAUUGCAAAUUUUGAGCACUACUCUUCUAAUUUAAAAGAAUUUGAAAUGCUGAGCAGUCUGAAUUACCCCACAGAUAACUGGGAAACACUUGGGAAAUUCACUGUUGCAAAUGCCAAAGUUGCUCAGAAUUUCACUUUUCCCGAGCCGAAGUGGGCUAGAUAUUUGAAACUCAACUUGCUUAGCCAUUAUGGUUCUGAGUUCUACUGCACACUCAGUAUGCUUGAAGUGUACGGAAUGGAUGCGGUGGAAAAGAUGCUCGAGAACUUGAUUCCAGUUGAGAAUAAAAAGCUGGAACCUGAUGACAAAAUGAAGGAACCAGUUGAUCAGCAAACACCAUUUAAGGAGCCCACCGAGGGAAAAGAAUCCUCACAUGAACCCCUUGAUGAAGAUGAAUUUGAACUAGAAGAAGAUAAAAUAAAUGGUGAUUCAUCAAGGAAUGGCGUUCAUGAUCAAAUUUCGGAGACACGAACACUUCAGGCUGGCAGGGUUCCUGGAGAUACGGUUCUUAAGGUGCUAAUGCAGAAGGUGCAAUCUCUUGAUGUGAGCUUUUCUGUCUUGGAACGGUAUCUCGAAGAGCUGAAUAGCAGAUAUGGGCAAAUUUUUAAGGACUUUGAUGCUGAUAUUGAUACGAAAGAUGCACUCCUGGAGAAAAUGAAACUGGAGCUGAAGACUCUUGAGAGUAGCAAAGAUGAUAUUGCAAAAGAAAUUGAAGGGAUUCUUUCAUGGAAACUACUUGCUUCCUCACAGUUGAACCAGCUACUCCUGGAUAAUGUCAUAAUCAGAUCAGAACUUGAAAGAUUUCGGGAGAAGCAGGCAGACUUGGAGAAUAGAAGCUUUGCUGUAAUAUUCCUGAGUUUUGUUUUUGGAUGUUUAGCAAUUGCUAAACUGUCUAUAGGGAUGAUAUUUAAUAUUUGUAGAUUAUAUGAUUUUGAAAAGUUCGAUAGGGUAAAAUCUGGAUGGCUUGUGUUGCUGCUCAGCAGUUGCAUUAUAGCCUCCAUUUUGGUAAUACAGUGAUGUAUCUAUCAACUCCAUAUAAUUGCGGCUGCUCUUUGUAAUUGCAUGAGGUAUCUAAUUCAAAAUCUAUUACACUGCAUCUUUUAGAUCUUACA